GCGCUCCGUGCUCCCCCCCUCUCGGUGCUGCAGGAUGGUACGCUCCCUGUUACCGCCGCUGUGUGCAGAGCUGCUGCUCCGUCUGCUCUCCAGGAUCGGGAGACGUGGAGAGACGCAGGUUGAGGGUCCGCGUGUAACACAAGGCACCUCUGGGAGACAGGGAGCAUUGUCCGUGUCGGGAACAGAAGUCAUCUGCAGCGGACCUGGUUGUUUCCCUUGGCUGGAGAAAUAUCUCGUAGCUGCUGUAUUCUUAAAGAAGCCCCGAGGUGAGGAAAAGAGGCGAAGAGGAUCCUAAAAGUUUGCGCGCUCCGUCCUCACCACCUUUAUCCUCGUGGAAAUGUAGACGUAUCCCGAGGCAACAAUGGUGUGGGGGUAGUUUUAUGGAGUCCGUGUUGCGAUCGGGUGCAAGUUUUCGCAAGGAGAAAAAGUGUCAGACACAUUUUGGAAAACUUUCCCCUGCGGAAGAACAAGGCGGCGACUGAGCUGGAUUUUUUUACGCACCGCUCUGCGCACACAGAUUUGUAAGAAUUCAAAGAUGCGCCCGUUGAGCACGUCGCUGGGAUGUAACCGAGGAGGAUCGCGCAAUUCCUCUAUGAUGCAUUUACUUGUCCUCCUCGCAGUCACACUGUCCUGUCACUGCUGUUCGAACAGAUGCGUGUGCUCCUCACAAACUGUGAAAUGCCAAAACCAGGACUUGGUCGCGAUUCCGAGUUCUUUUCCCACCAAUACCAAAAUCAUUUUUGUCACGGGAAACAACAUCUCCCACAUCAGCUCGGACUCUUUCCCCACCGGUUUGGACAUGUUAACAGACCUCUAUCUCAGUGGGAAUGAGAUGGAGUCAGUGGGUGCUAUGGUGUUUGACAACUUGCCAAACCUUGUGCGACUGGACCUGAGCAACAACAACUUCCAGACUUUCAGUGACAGAGCUUUACCUGUUGAGAAUAAACUGCAGGUCCUGAACCUCAGUAAUUCUUUUCACAAUUACUCCCGCAUAGACGUGGUCCUGAGUGUCCUGCAGAGUGGGAAACUCCACUUACUCAAAGUCUUGGACCUGUCCAACAAUGACCUUCUGAUUCUUCCGGACGACGCAUUCAGCAGCCUCUCCAACCUGAUCAACAUCAGCCUGCAGAACAGCUCCAUUAUCGCCAUCCAGAACGGGACCCUGAAGGUGCCCCCACUGCGUGACCUUGACCUGAGAGACAACAGCCUGAGGGCCCUGCCAACCACCACCCUGGAGGAGUUCAGCCUCAAGCCUGGUCUUAGCCUCUGGCUGGCGGGGAACCCCUGGCGCUGCGACUGCUUCAUUGAGGAGAUGUUGCUGUGGUUGAAAAACUCCACUCAGGUAAUGGACGUGCAGAACCUCACAUGCGCUGACCCUGAGGCCCUGAGGCACCAGCCACUUCUUCAGGUAGAGCUGUCGCAGCUGAAGUGUUUGGGCAAGAUGGAGGGCGUGCUGGAGACUUCAUAUGUAUUCCUGGGAUUGGUGCUAGCACUGAUCGGCGUCAUUUUCCUGCUGGUGCUCUACCUAAACAGAAAAGGUAUCAAGCGUUGGAUUUACAACAUCCGGGAUGCUUGUAGGGACCAUAUGGAGGGGUACCAUUACAGGUAUGAGAUAAACUCUGACCCACGUUUGGCCAACCUGAGCAUCAAUUCAGAUGUGUGAUCCAGGAUGGGACAGUGUCUGGGACCCUGCAGUGAGAUAUGAAAUCACAUAAACUCUUAAGAUUUGCAUGAAAGUCUUCCUCCCCUUCUCCUUUCCCCCCCCCAUGAUGCUAUUCAGAUUUUACAUUUGCCAUCUGACCUCCCUCCCACCACUGCCGCAUGUCCUCUACAAGUACAAGGAAGCUGUGACAUUUACUGCGUCUCUUCCGCGUAACAUUGCAUGGACAAUGAAUCAUGACAAAGGGUUUUUUUUGGAGAGUUGCAAAAAGUGAUGUGUUCUAUUUUUACUUUUCCUUAAGGAUAAACGGAUGGAGUACAUUGACUAGUACCCGGCAAAAACACACUGCUGGUCAUCGCCUCCCUCUCAUUAUGCCUCUGCUGCAGAGAAAUGCUAUGCUGCUUGUUUAUAAGUUUGUUCUUUUAAUAUGUGAAUUUGUGAUAUAGAGUAUGGCCUUUUUUUGAAUGAUUAUAGUGCACAUUGCAUAGUUUUUUGGAUUUAGUAGAUGGAUGUGAUUGUUCUCUUUUUUUCUGUGAAGAUAUUCAGCUAAAUAAAACGCCUCUGGCUUGAUGCGACCCA